AUGGAGGACGAGUGGAACACCGACGGAGGGUUGGUUUCUCUCACUUUGGAAGUGCCCAGCGCAAUACAGCUGCCUGGAAGUAUACGCUUUCGUUCCUUCACGGAAACAAGUUAUGAAGACAACGAAAGCGGUGACUCCGCGACGAUAACCGCUUGGAAGGCAACCCGGUGGAAUGAUCUCGGAAUACACAAACGCAGGCGUCUCGACGAUGCGCCCGGUUAUGAAUGUGGUGAUGUGGUACAACCCCUCCUGCAUGUAGUGAAAGACAGUUUCGAUGUGGCGCAGCGGCGGAUGGAAACACUUCAUUGGUUUCAGAAACCCCGAAGCGCGGAGGAAAUAAGCGCUCGGUUUGCAUUAGACCGGCGGCUCGGCGUUACGCCCAGUUUGGCUGCUACACAUCAGGCCUUGACUCGUCUGCAGCAACUCAACCGCACGGAGGCGAUUAUUGACCUGGCGGAGGAUCUUGUAAUGGACUCGCCAACAAUUUCCCUGUGGACACUCCUUCGAAUUGUAGAUGGGCUUAAGGGGCAGCCGCAGUGUGCGGCGCGAAUUGUGUUUUCUCUCUCUCCUCUAGUAACGAAUGGUGCCGUUCCCCCGAGUGCGUGGACAAGCCUCUGUGAUGGAUUGGACAAAGUGGCACGGCAGUUGCCGGCACCUUUAGAGCGGCCACUCGUUGAGUUAUUUGGAGAGGUGCUAUACCGCGCUCGUGACGACGGACCGGUUGACGGUAAGUUUGUUGUUUACUACGGGCAAGCUUUACUAAAGAGCAGGGCCCCCAUCGGAAGUAUUAUGGGAUUUGUGAGGGCUGAGUUGUUAAGUGGUCGAAAUGCGCCCUCAGCGGACGGAACAUCGGCAAUACGGUUGGGGGCCUUUCUCAGUGAUUUAAUUCAAGUAAUGUGCUCCGCGAGUGGUGGUGCAGAGGAACGGGAGGAAAGGGUACCUCUUUCCGCAGCCGACCGCCUAAUGCACUGCGGGGACCUUGUCAAACAUGCAUACGCUGGUCGGUUACAACUUACACAGGGCGCUUUUGAUGCCUUUUUACGAUUCUGUGAUGAGUCACAAGACUAUCACCGGCUUUGCAUCGUAUUUUUGGCAAUGUGUACGCUGUCCACUCCAACGCUCUCCUCCGUAGCGCGCGUUGCAGAAGUGCUCUGCGAUGUGAAGCAAAUGUCAGAUUACCUUGCCGAUGUGUUGCACCAGUCCACACCUUCGCUGAUGUUGUAUCUCCUGUUGCGCCACGGGUCGGUUAGUCUCUUUCCUCAAAUCAACAAUAACAACAUCCGUACGAGAGGUGGUAAUGUCAGCAACAACGAGCGAGACAAGUUAGAAAUGCAUUUUUGCACGUGUCUCGCACGUUUAUGUGUGCGCGACGGCGAUGAAUUUGUUUGUAUGGCUCUGUUUAGUGCGAUUAUUGACAUUGGAAGGCCUGUAGGUGCCAGUGCCUUCAUUAGUGAAGUGGCCAACUCGUUACGAUGUCCCGUGAAACUUUUUGGAGGGCGAGCGACCCCAGCAGGCGUGGCGGCAUCUGUCGAGCCAUUUAACGUUGAAGCUCUCUAUUAUGCGUUGCGCCCUGCGGUUGCAUCAUCCGGCUCCGGUGGUAUCGGUGACGGUACCUCCCUUGAUGCGCUCCGUACCAUUCCCCAGAGCCGCCCACUCGCAUCACUAUUGGGUGGCAGAGAUUUGGCGGAAAAAACAUGCGGCACCACAGUUGAGCAAGCCCUUGCCGGUUUGUUGACGUCGCCGCAUGUUUACUGUACAGUUGUUUGUGAAAGCGCCAUUUCUAGUCUCGUGAAGUCUCCUCCCCUAGCAGAGGCUUUUGCAAAGAUGAUGGACGGAUACGCAACAAAGAUGGGUGCCAUUGCGUUUGUUCCCUUUGAUGUGUGCACAGCCGAACAGUUGACUGAUGACGGUCGAAAGUUUCUCUUCGAGUGGAUCUCACGAUACGCCUGGUUUGUGGUGCUCCCCCUUUCUCUCACAAUGCAGUUGGCAAUGAAUCCUGCUGCGGUUACAGUGGGAAAGUGGAAGACGGAAGAACGGCUUAAUGAAUCCCGUUGCAUUAGGUUGUUUCAUGCAAUACAGGCGGCGAAACAUACCAAAGUUGCUUUCAUAACUGCUGAACCCAACGUUGCUGAAGAUGCUAAGGCAUCAGGUGUUCACCCUGUCAUCACUCUCACAGACCUAGCGAAGCGACUUGGGAUAAACUAG